AUAUUUUAUUUUUGCGAGACAAAAUGGGUUGGUUGGUAGGUGAAAGAAAGAACACACAUGACACACCACAAUGCUGGUGUCAGACAUGUUGAUGAGGGUUGCUUUCUGCUUCUCUGUUUUCACCUCCCUAAUUCUCACAACCACCGCACACACUCAAACCUGCAGAUGCAGCAAAUACACUUUCCCUAACAAGGAGGUUUUCGCCACAUGCCGUGAUCUUCCUCACUCCCCCUCUUUCCUUCACUGGACCUAUCAACCCGCCACCGGCAACCUCGACAUCGCAUUCAGACAUUCUGGAAUUGAAAAUCCCACAAAUACUUGGGUGGCAUGGGCUAUCAACCCCAACAACAACCUCAUUCAAGCUAUGCCGGGAGCACAAGCUCUGGUUGCUGUCCCUGCACAAACAUGUGGUGCUGUCAUGAGAGGCUACACUUGUUCAAUCUCAAGCUACAACACUGUGUUGGAAGAGAGUAAUAUCAGUUACCCUUACUCCAAUUUGAUGGUGACAUUUCAGAACAAUGAGGUUACCAUUUUUGCUAAGCUUACUCUUCCGAAAUGUACCACCUCGUUGGUCCACCUCUGGCAAAGUGGUUCUGUUUCUGAUUCUGUCCCUGAAGUGCAUGACAUGGCUUCUGCUAACCUCAACUCCAAGGAGAUCUUGCAUCUAGUUUCUCCUCCUACCUGAUGACUUCAAUUAGAAUUAAUGUAGGCACAAUAUCUAAGUGUUUAUUUAUAUAUUAAAUGUACUCAUCAGUAUUUGAUAUGACGACAAUAAGAUGGAUCAAUUCAUGCUGUUAUGAAAUUAACUCUUGCACGGUGUCAUCAUAUAUA